AGGUACCUAANUUGGUGGAUUUUGGUGUGUCAGCACAGCUGGAUCGCACGAUAGGUAGACGCAAUACAUUCAUAGGCACUCCAUAUUGGAUGGCACCGGAAGUGAUUGCCUGUGAUGAAAAUCCGGAGGCCACGUACGAUAACCGUUCAGAUUUGUGGUCGUUGGGUAUAACUGCACUGGAAAUGGCCGAAUCUCAGCCGCCUUUGUGUGAUCUGCAUCCGAUGCGUGCACUAUUCUUGAUUCCACGCAAUUCACCGCCACGUCUAAAAUCGAAAAAGUGGUCAAAGAAAUUCCACGGAUUUAUUGACACAGUGCUUGUGAAAGACUACCAUCAGCGGCCUUACACAGAGCAAUUAUUAAAGCACGCAUUUAUUAAGGAUCAGCCCACAGAUCGCCAGGUGCGGAUACAAUUGAAAGAUCAUAUCGAUCGUUGCAAAAAGCGAAAGCAAGAGAAGGAUCGUGACGACUUUCAUUAUUCCGGUUCGGACAAUGAUGACGAUGAGCCGCAGAUUGCUGGCGAACCAAGCUCCAUCAUACAGGCACCAGGCGGUGAUACCUUGCGCCGCAACUUCCAACAGAUACAGGAGGGACGCAUCGCUGCCGAGCAACAGCAGCAACAACAAAUUGCAGCGGCUGCUGCAGCCGCACAAGCCCAGGCACAGGCCCAGGCUCAGGCUCAGGCUCAAGUGCAGCAACCGCAGGCUAACCGCAACCAGAAGCCACAAACACGCGAACAAAGGCAACAAAUCGAAGAACCAGGGCCACCAUCGCGCCCAGCAUUGCCCCAGCGCGUAAUUGUGGUGCCCGAUCCACCAGUUGCAAAUCCACCACAUGCCAAUCGCCCGUUGCCACCGACCCCGAAAAGUUCGGAACCCUCUGCUCAAACGCCACAGCAACAGCAGCGCAAUUCGCAAAACAAUUUCAAGCCAUCGUUGCCACCAAGGAGACCUGAGGAUUUGGACAUGAUAGCAGCACAACUUAAUGAAUUGGGCGUCUCUCAACAGCCCCAGCCGCAGACCGCUUUCGGCCAGCCGCAAUCGCAAUUACAGCAACAGCCACAACCAGAGGCGCCACCACGUAACAAUCGCCAAUCGGUGCCACCUGCGGCAUCGCAGAUGAAAUCGGCACCAGCUGUACCGCCGAUAUCGAACAAUCAUCAUCAUGCGCAACCAAUAAAUCCAUUAGAUCCCUUGGAUAGCAGCGAUACGGAUAGUGAGCCCGAUGAACCCAACGAACGUGGACGCAAUGAUGGCACCCUGUUGGCCAGUGAUCCACCGAAACCACUUCCUGAAUUUUCAUAUAGGCCUGGCCUUGGACCCGUCUCCGAGGACACGACGACCACUCCCAUCAGUCAUGGCAGCAACAGCGGAGGCGGACCACCCAAUCGUCCAUUGCCACCCACACCGGAUGACGAUGAUCAGGCUGGCGAUCGCACAUUGAUCAUGAAGAGGAAACUCGAAAAUCAAAACAAAAUCCAAAAGUCUGCCUCCACAACUUGUGCCAAUCGUCCGUCCAGAGAUGAAGUUGUACUCAUGCGCGAAUGGGAUAUUGAAAAAUUCUUCCCGAACCGCGAAGGCGGUGGUAAUGGUAAUGCUAAUGGCAACGGUAACAGUAGCGCCGCUGCAAUAUCCAAUUCGAGCACGCUGAAGGCUGAGCAAAAGUUGCACCGCAGCAGUAUUUCAGAAAUGUCGCGCCGUAAUUCGCAUCACCAUUCACCCACUACAAAACAGCAGCCACCACCACAGCAACAGCAGCCACCACCCGUGCCACAAGGCUUCCAGCCUCUAAAAGGAACCAAAGAUACACCACAAAAACAACAGCUGGCCCGGUCAGGCCACAGCAGCAGCAGCGGCGGCAGCAGCAGCAGCAGCAGCAACAAUAGCAGUGCGAACACUAGUAGCGCAAGCGCAGAAAAGUCAAGUGCCUCGAACCGUGCCAGUACGAGUAGUAGUAACGCGGUCGCUGCCAGCGCCGCCAGCCCACAAAAGGCACAACCCCAACAGCAAGUGCAUAAACGACAGGAGUCGGACUCGAAACUGCCGAAUUUCAUGCGCAGCUUUAGGCGUGAGAACUCAGACUUCUUUCCGCAGAUGAAGCGCUACUCGGCGGUACUGAGUAAUAGCAACAACCUAAGCUCGCCACAAUUGGUGCAAGCUCAGCGUGCUAGCGUUAUGCUCCCGCGCAGCAGCAUGUACAGUAACAAGGGUGAGACUGCGGCAGUCUCCGACAUUAAGCCAAAGGAAAAGAGUACAUGCGGUGUUACUACUACUUCCACAACAACAACAACAACAGCCACUAGUGCUUCCAAUGCUGCCAAGCAGCAGCUGCCAACAGAGCAGCAACAGCAAGCGACGCCAAUGCCAAUGCCAAUGAGCAGCACUUCAAGUGCAGCAUCCAACAAAGCUAAAGCGCCAGCCAUAGCGGCGGUGCAGCCUCAAACUAAGGCGAGCUGGACUAGUAACUUAACACCGUGUAAAUUAGAUUUCCUACGGCCCAGACGCGAAAAGACUGAAUCGGUAAUUGUUUUGCAAAACUCCGCAGCUAGACAGCAGUCAUUCCUGGCGCAACAACUACUACAGCAGCAGAAUCGUAGCAGUGAAAAUAGCAGCGGUCUUGGCACUCCCGGAACUCGCACAAGCAGCGUUUUACCCGAUUUGCUUAGUCAAGCCUCGCCGGCAACACCACCACGCCAUGAUAAAUCAUCGAGUGAGGAGUAUCAAGCGGCCAUCAACUCAUCCGUGCAUUCCACACCGUCAAAGUCUUUUAUCGGUUCGAACAAUUCACCGCAGUCGACAAUUUCAUUGUCGUCGUCGUCGUCGCGGCAGAAUAGUCCGAAGAAUUCAAUUAGCAAAACUAGAUCUACAAGCAGUAUUACUAAUCUAUUGCAUAAAUCUGCCUCUUCUUCUUCCAAUAUCUCUUCGCCGCCAUCGUCUGCCAAUUUGCCGCCGCACGCGUAUGCGCUGCAACAGAAACAGCGUAGCUUCCUCACAUUCGGUUUUGGUGCUGGCGGUUCAGGACCGACGCGUCGUGAAUCGCACAUAAACGUCAAUGUGACGCCAACGUCGCAUGAAGCCACCAGCGAUACACCGGAGAUACGUAAAUAUAAGAAACGCUUCAAUUCGGAGAUUCUUUGUGCGGCACUUUGGGGUGUCAAUCUACUGAUUGGCACCGAAAAUGGCCUAAUGUUACUGGAUCGCUCGGGACAAGGAAAGGUUUAUCAACUGAUUUCGCGUCGUCGUUUCCAGCAAAUGGAGGUGCUAGAAGGUCAAAAUAUUUUGGUAACCAUAUCUGGAAAAAAGAACCGUGUGCGCGUAUAUUAUUUAUCAUGGUUGAAAUCGAAAAUCCUACGAACUGAUGGACUCUCUGAUCAAGUGGAGCGUCGCAACGGUUGGAUAAAUGUUGGUGAUUUACAAGGUGCUGUGCAUUUUAAGAUUGUCAAAUACGAAAGGAUUAAGUUCCUAGUGAUCGCUUUAAAAGACUCAAUUGAAAUUUAUGCAUGGGCUCCUAAGCCAUACCACAAAUUUAUGGCAUUUAAGAAUUUCGGCGAUUUGGAACAUCGUCCGCUGCUAGUAGAUCUCACCAUAGAAGAUCAAUCGCGUCUUAAAGUGAUUUACGGCUCUGCAGAGGGUUUCCACGCGGUCGAUUUGGACUCCGCUGAAGUAUACGAUAUUUAUCUUCCUAAACAUACUCACGAUGCAAUCAUUCCGCAUUGUAUAGUGGCGCUUCCAAAUUCAAAUGGCAUGCAGCUAUUGCUUUGCUACGAUAAUGAAGGUGUCUAUGUAAAUACGGUUGGGCGAGUUUCAAAGAACAUUGUAUUGCAGUGGGGCGAAAUGCCGACAUCGGUGGCUUACAUCGGCACUGGACAAAUCAUGGGCUGGGGCAACAAAGCAAUAGAAAUUCGUUCGGUUGAGAGUGGUCAUUUGGAUGGUGUGUUUAUGCACAAAAAAGCUCAGCGCUUGAAAUUCUUGUGCGAACGAAAUGAUAAGGUGUUCUUUAGCAGUGCCAAAGGUGCUUCAUCGUGUCAAAUAUACUUCAUGACACUUAACAAGCCAGGUAUGGCCAAUUGGUAAUCAGUCAGCGAAUUCAUGGGAUUCGAAGUGAUAAAUGCGCAACGUAGAAACGUACGAUUAUAAAAUGAGCGUAGAAAUGUGGAAACAAAUAAAAGCGCUGAUUGGUUACGACGCAAUCGACAGUUUGUUUCUCGUAAUUAUAAGUGAAUUUUAAAUUAAAGUAUGUAGUAAACCCAAAAAAACGAGACAGAUGAAAUAUGAAUAUGAAAUAAAACGCUAAUUUGCUGCUUAAUACUGCUGAAAUUAAAAACCGUAUUAUAAGCAUUAGCAGAGCAAGAAGAAAUUUACAACACCAGGAAGAUGAAAUGAGACGAAAUAUCAGAUAUUUAAUAUGGAAUAUAACGAAAACUGGAAGUAUAUGGUACUGAAGUAUAUACAUACAUACAUACAUCCUUAUGCAGGCAUGAUGAUGCUCUGGAUACAUGAAAUUGAUUUUGCAAAGGCAGUGAGGAAGCAAUAUUAUAGUGAGCAUGCUGAAAACUUGUAUUUUAAUAAAUGCUAUUAUUAAGUUGUGUUUUGAAAAAUUUAUAGAAAACAAAUUA